AUGUCUGCCUUUACCAGCAAAUUCGCCGAUGAGUUGAUCGCUAACGCUGCCUACAUCGGCACACCCGGGAAAGGUAUUCUCGCCGCCGAUGAAUCCACCGGUACCAUCGGAAAGCGUCUCUCUAGCAUCAACGUCGAGAACAAUGAAACCAACAGACGUAACCUCCGUGAGCUUCUCUUCACCGCCCCUGGUGCUCUUCCAUGCCUUAGCGGUGUCAUUCUCUUCGAGGAAACACUUUACCAAAAGAGUUCCGAUGGCAAGCUUUUUGUCGAUAUCUUGAAGGAAGGAGGAGUUCUUCCAGGUAUCAAAGUUGACAAGGGUACCGUUGAGCUAGCUGGAACCAACGGUGAGACCACCACUCAAGGUCUUGACGGUCUUGGUGACCGUUGCAAGAAGUACUACGAAGCUGGUGCUCGUUUCGCCAAGUGGCGUGCAGUCCUCAAAAUUGGAGAGAAUGAGCCAUCAGAGCUCUCCAUCCACGAGAACGCUUACGGAUUAGCCAGAUACGCUGUUAUCUGCCAGGAGAACGGUCUUGUCCCGAUUGUUGAACCCGAGAUCCUAGUCGAUGGUUCUCAUGACAUCCAAAAAUGCGCUGCUGUGACGGAACGUGUUCUUGCAGCUUGCUACAAGGCGCUCAGCGACCACCACGUCUUGCUCGAGGGAACUCUGUUGAAGCCUAACAUGGUCACACCCGGAUCAGACAGCCCCAAGGUUUCACCCGAAGUCAUCGCUGAGCACACCGUCCGUGCCCUUCAGAGAACCGUCCCAGCAGCUGUUCCAGCUAUCGUGUUCUUGUCUGGAGGACAGAGCGAGGAAGAAGCUACGAGGAACUUGAACGCAAUGAACCAAUUGAAGACGAAGAAGCCAUGGUCAUUGUCUUUCUCUUUCGGCCGUGCGUUGCAACAGAGCACAUUGAAGACAUGGUCUGGCAAAGAGGAGAACGUGAAGGCGGCUCAAGAGGCUUUGUACGUGAGGUGCAAGGCUAACUCGGAAGCCACUCUUGGAACCUACAAAGGUGAUGCCAAGCUUGGUGAUGGAGCAGCAGAGAGCCUUCACGUGAAGGAUUACAAGUAUUGA